GCAAUGAAAAAAGGUGCACUGAUUGCUUCUCUGUGAUUGGUCGUGGAUUGCUUCACAAUUGCACAACAGGAACAUUAAGGCAAAAUUUAGUGGAAGUUGCUUCGAGGGAUCGCAUUGCGGCAGAGAGGGUAGCAUCAUUAACAAUUUCUAAUAAAACUCCAUCACCUUAUGGCACUGUUCGGCUAAGUCAACCACUUGGAGGAAAUCGUUUUCCCGUUGUUCCAGGACCAUCAAGUGCAAGAGAAUUGUUUCCUGCUGUGCCCAAGCUCACGGCACAAGACAUGGUUGGAGUCCAAAUUGGAACUAGAUUGUCAAAUCGUGGCAUGUCCAAAUUGGCAUCAUCUUUGAACCAAGCUACACCUCUCCGGAUUGUAGAAAAAAAUUUCAGAGAAAAAUUCGACAGUUUCAGGAAAUCUCUUUCUGAGCAUUUUGAGACCAAGGCCAUACGAGAUUCUACAAAGAAUGAUGACCAGCACCCUUCACAACUGCUUGUUUUUUGCCCAGAUGUAGGAAGUCUUGCAAAUCACGUUAUCAAAGUAAUGAAUGUUUCAGGAGAUCCGCUGAUAAAGAUUGGCAUUGAUGGAGGUGGUGGGUUUUUGAAAGUAUCUCUUGGAAUCAUUGCCAGAAACACAGAUUCAAAUUCUCCACCACCAAAACGAGGGCUUAAAGCCACAGGAGUCAAACGGUAA